CAUGAACCCAAUUGGUACACGCAAGCGCCCAACGGCUCCGUAUCCACCAUCAGUCGCGCAACGACCACUGCCGGGCCAAUACUAUAUUGCUUUCUUCAAACAUACCUUACGCGAUAAAUGGCGCCCAAAUUAGGACUUCGGUACCACGGGUAAUCUGUGAUGGGCAGUCCACAGCCGCGACGCUUUUACACAUGCUGACGAAAUGGAUACAGUAUGGCCGCGGCACAUUGGCUCAACUCGCUCGGUUGUCUCCUGCUGUCGCUGCUAUGUCUUCUCGCUACCACCCUUCAAGUCACAAGCGUGCACGCUGGGGAGGCUACGGAGUCUACCGCUGAGGCCUUGCUAGCCGACCCAACGCCUACUAAUUUUCCAAAGUGCGAUCGGACCUUCGUGAGCCGCGGGGGCGCCAGCAACGGGACAUUCACAGCUCCAGAACUCCACAAUCCAUACAACCAGAGUCGGCAGUGCCUCUACACAUUUCUAGCAGCACCAGGACAGCGAGUGCUCGUGGAGUUUUGGACAUUCGACCUGAGAGGGAAGCCGCCAGAUGGAGCGGCGUUCGGAGAAUUACCAGCAUGCAUGCACGAGUACAUGGACAUAUACUCAGAGAUGUCCUCUUUGGAGACCGGCGAGCUCGUCAACUCGGCCUUCGGAGGACGUUACUGCGGCCCUAUUCCUCCGCGACGCCGGGUGUCACUUCACCGCGCCGUCGCUCUCGCAUUCUUCACCGACCAUACAUACACGCCAUCUACUCUGUUUCACGGGAGCUAUCGGUUCAUCAACGCAACGGAAUUCGAAGUGGGAACGCCCAUACCGAACACGUUGUGCUCGUACGUGAUCGACGUGGGCAAACGCAAAACGGGGCUGCUGGUGUCUCCCACUUAUCCCGGGAUAUACCCGAAGGACAUCACAUGCAACUACCAGUUCGUCGGACAACCGGGACAGCGAAUACGGCUCGAGUUUCGAGACUUCGAUCUGUUUUUCGGCGGGCCACACUGCCCAUUCGAUUGGGUGCGCGUAUACGACGGUCCCGACAACACAUCAGCAAUCAUAGGCACUUAUUGCGGCCAGCAACGCAACCUGGUGCUGUACUCCAGCGACGAACGUCUCCUGGUCACUUUCUUUACGCUCCCACGAGCAGCCAACACACAGAACCGCGGGUUUAAGGGCAUCUUUGAGUUUUCCGAAAGUUUUGUUAAAUUAGAUUUUAUAAGUAAACACGACGCUGAGCACAUUAGGGGCUCGGAGUGUGAUCAAAAAAUUCUUAGUAAAAAGGAAUCGUCUGGAUUUGUGUACCAUCCAAAUUAUCCAUUCCCUUAUAUACAAAAAGUUGUUUGUAGAUAUUUUAUAUAUGGUAUGCAAGACUCACAGAAUCUCGAGCGAGUGCGGUUGGAAUUUCAGAACUUUUCUAUACCUAAAAACAUCUCAAACCCCGACACUUGCUCUGAUGGAUAUCUGAAGGUUUACCUUCGAGGCCAGGAAGCAACUGAUUCCUAUGACAAGCACGAUGCAGAGCUAUGUGGAGAUGGGGACAUAAUACCUUCCUUUCCACCUCCGCUCCUUUCUGAUGGCCCUCGGCUGGUCCUGGUCUUUAGCUCUGGAGAGCUGCAGGGCCGUGGCUUUAAGGCCAAAUAUACCUUUGAAACGGAAUACCGUGUCCCGGGCACCGCAGCGCCAGGUGGAUUGUGCGCGUUUACAUAUCGUUCGGAAGCUAAAAAGAGAGGAGAGUUUAAUUCCCCACGUUAUCCAUCUAACUAUCCCUCUUACACCAAUUGCACGUAUACGCUCGUCGCAACACCAAACGAACAAGUGACUGUUGUCUUCGAUCACUUUAAAGUUAGAGCUGAUGCUUGGAAUGCCACUGCUGGGUUAUAUGGGGGAGCAACUUGCAGCGAAGAUUGGGUAGAAGCCUGGUGGACGGGAAGGGAAGGUACAAGAGUGCCUUUAGGGCGAUGGUGCGGUCUUGCCACGCCGGGACCUCUGCAAUCCCCAAGGGGAGCUCUGGGGCUCCUAAUUGCAUUGCAUACUGACUCGGAGGCUGUUGCAUCUGGUUUUAAAGCAAGAUAUGUUUUUGAGCCCGCUAAAUCGAUAUUCGGAGACUGCGGCGGUAACGUAUCCGGCUCUCCUUGGGGUGUAGUAUCAUCACCUCGUUACCCUCUCCCUUAUGAAGCACCAGCAAGAGGAGCAGCAUCGAGGGUCUGCAACUGGUUCAUAACGGCUAAGCCUGGAAGACGUCUGCUGCUUAACUUCGAUCACUUUGCCGUUGAAGGCCAUCUCACUGAACGCGGUUGCCCCGCAGCAGUUCUUCGACUCUGGUAUGAAAGUCCAGGACCUCCAUUGGAGUUGUGUGGUGAAAAGGCACCUGGUGAUCGGUGGCAGUAUCUCUCUUCUUCCAACUCCAUCAGGCUUUCGUUUAUAAUAGCGGACAAGUCGGUAGGAGCUGCGGGUUGGCGGGCUGUAUGGACGGAAGUGACAGUAGGUGUAGGUGAAGAGUGUCCCGAAGCGUGUGGCGGCGCGUGUCUCCCUCCUGGAGCUCUGUGCUCUGGUCUCCCACACUGCGCAGGACAGCGCAAGUCUCCACGAUGCGCUGCGGCGUCGGGCCAGGCCGCGCGCCGCGCCACGCUCGCUGUUCUAUUGCUUGUGCUCGCCGCCCCGCACUGACCGGGCGUUGCACACGCGAAGAUGCGCAUCCGGCGGACAGCGACGGCAGCACAGUAUGGUGGGUUGCGGGGUGCGCGGGUGGAGGGUUCGUUACGUUGGGCGUGUGUUGGCGUCGCAGGCGCAGGGUCCCUAGAGGUCCACCGCCACCACCACGCCCGCCCCCGAGACCCCUUGCUGCGAGGCUGGCAGCCCCCACGGAUACAGUGUGACCGAAUACAAUACUUUAAUUA